UCUAUUAGAAAAAUUAACAGCACGUAAACAGGAAACGCGAUUCGCAAGCAAUCCCUGCUUAAUAUAUCUGCACAACUGUUUCAGUUGAAAGCCCCACCCCUGUCACAUCUCUCAAUCGUAUCAGCAUUUUUGUUCAAAAUUUUCAUAUCAAUUUACUAUAUUAUCAAUUAAAUAUGUUUUUGCUUGUAGAAUAAGAAAAUUUGUUUCUCUGAAGAACGCUAUUAAUCAAUUGAUAUGCGUUUAUAGAUAACAAUAUUCUAAUUAUUUUGUUCAAUUUGUGAAUCAAAUUUUUCCCGCCAUUGUAGUAAAUGGUUAGUUUUCAAUACAUCGUAUUCGAUGUAUGUAACGAAUGUUAAUAUUUAGUAUUUAGUGAUGUAAAUAAUUAUUACUAAUUGUAUAUAUACAAUUUUUAUAGAUUGACUAUUAAUUGUUAGAUUUAAAAGUUUUUUACUUCAUUGAAGUAUACUAACCUGAACGUAACCCUUGUAAAAAUGAUAAGAAUGAAAUAGUAUUUAUUGAUUCAUUACAAGAAUCUGUUAUAUGCAAUGGAAGUUACAAACAAUGGCCAAGAUGACAAUUCUUUGUUGUUAAAUAAGGAUUUUUUACAAAUUUCGUGUAACUGGCAAAUCAGUAAUAAUAAACAAUUUCAUGAUGCAUUCACUGUGGCCCCUUUUUGUGAAGAACCUAUAAAGAUUAACUGUGAUGAUAUAGUUUCUUUAAAUACAUGUAUAUCUUUACAACCAAUUCAAUCGGAUAAUGAACCAUGCAUGUUAGAUAUAAAACUGAUUAAUAAUCAGAGGAUAUCUCGUAUUGCUGUAGUUUCAGAGGCUUAUGUGUUAGAGUUUUUCAAACAAUUUGGAGAAUAUGAAAAAACAAUAUUUGCAGAACUUAUAGAUGACUUUGAAGAAAAUUUUAUUUAUUUUGCACAAGCAACAAUUAACCCUUAUUCUACAGAAGCUAGUAUUAAGUUCACAAAAACAAAAAGCAAAAAUUCAGUUCUGUGGAUAUAUGGGAUAAAAUUAUACUUAACAGAACCUAUUAAUGAACCUGAAAGUUUCUCCACAGAAAUAUUUAAUCCUGAAAUAAUAAAAAAUUUUCUUACUAAGUUUACCUUAAAUAAUGAAGGGAACAAUAUCACCAAUGCUGUUCAGUCAUCCACUAAAAGUAUAUCAGAUUCAUCAACAAAUAACAAUAUUGAACAAAGUAAUGAAAAAGAAAUAGUACAGUCUAUCACUGAAAAUACUAUAUCAAAUAUUACAGACAUUACAACUUAUAUUGAUCAGAAAUUUUGUGAUAUGGAAAAUAGAAUAAUGAAAAGGAUUGAAGAAAUGGAGCAAAGAACAAAUCAGAAACUUGAUAUGAUUUUAAAACAGUUAGAAACUCAAUUUUGUGCCAAAUGACCUUCAUUCUAUAUAAUACAUUCUUGUAAAUAACUAACAAUGUAUUUAAUGUAUGUAAUUUAAUAUGUAAAGUACAAAGAAAAAGAAAAACAGAUUUUGGAAAUAACACUGUUUUUCUGAUUUUUCAGUAUCUAAAUUGUACACAUUACAUCUAAUAAUACACAAUUAUAUGUACUUAUGAUUAAAUGUAUUUAUAUAUUAA